UGAAAGGCUGCAUCAAGUUCUGGUGCAGAUCGGGGUUUGAAUUGAUUGGCUGUCACGCUACAAAGUACGGGUCAAUUUAAUCUGUACCAGUUACAGACAUUGGUAGUAAUUAAGCCGAUUAUUGCAUUUUAGAGGGAACAAAUUACUUGAUUCGUCCCUCCACGUUUCCAAACGGCCGAAACGGGAAACCCCCAACUUUUCCAACCGCGUUUACGUUAAUGGGGAAUCCCCUUCCAACUUGCUCACGUGUUCAGCAUUGACCUGUGUGGUGAGCACGUGAGCUGAAAUUUGGAGGGAGGCGCACAUACAUGUAACUACAAGUACAAACAUGGCCGAUGAUUUUCUUCCUCAGCUCUUCAGCUUUAUUGACAAGCAUCAAGAUGACUACGUCAGGAGGCUCGCCGAUGCGGUUGCCAUACAGAGUGUCUCGGCCUGGCCGGAGAAACGAUCAGAGAUUAAACGCAUGAUGGAAGUCGUGGCUAAGGACCUGCGAAAGCCCGAGGUUGGAGCAACGAUUGAGCUCGUAGACAUUGGUACGCAGAAAUUGGAGGACGGUCGAGUCAUCCCGUUGCCGCCCAUCCUCCUGGGUCACCUUGGUGACGACCCCAAGAAGAAGACAGUCUGCAUCUACGGUCACCUGGACGUGCAGCCGGCCAAAAGGGAGGAUGGUUGGGACACGGACCCCUUCGUUCUGACUGAGAAAGACGGUAAGAUGUACGGGCGUGGCUCCACAGAUGACAAAGGGCCGGUCUUGGCAUGGCUGAAUGUCAUUGAGGCAUACCGCGCCCUGAAACAAGACAUCCCCAUCAACAUCAAGUUCUGCUUCGAGGGAAUGGAGGAAUCCGGCUCUGUAGGUCUGGAGCGAAUGAUCGAGUCUCGCAAGGAGACAUUUUUCAAGGGCGUCGAUUACCUGUGCAUCUCAGACAACUAUUGGUUGGGUAGGAACAAGCCCUGUAUCACAUACGGAUUGAGGGGAUUUUCUUACUUUUUUGUCGAGGUGGAAUGCUCAAGGAAGGACCUGCACUCCGGUGUCUAUGGUGGCUCAGUGCAUGAAGCCAUGACGGAUCUGGUCGUCCUCUUGAACAGCCUGGUGGAUGUCAAAGGUCACAUUAAAGUGCCCGGUGUGUACGACAAAGUUGCCGAGUUGACUGAGGAAGAGUCAAAGCUGUACGCACCGAUCGACUUUGACAUGGAGGACUAUCGUGAGGAGAUUGGAACCGAACGGCUGCUUCACGACACCAAAGAGAAAGUCCUACAGCAUCGUUGGCGCUACCCGUCCCUCUCCAUCCACGGAAUCCAGGGGGCAUUUGAGGGAGCCGGUUCCAAGACGGUGAUCCCUCGCAAAGUGACCGGAAAAUUCUCCAUCCGUCUGGUACCCCACCAGUCACCUGUCGAGAUUGAGCAGCUGGUUAUCAAGUACCUGACCGACAUCCACAAGGCCCGAGGCUCGCCUAACAAGAUGUCUGUGUCCGUCAGCUUGAGCGGAGUGAGUUGGCUGAGCGACUUCAACCAUCCUCACUACCUUGCUGGCCGCAGAGCUAUCCAGAGGGUGUUUGGAGUAGAGCCGGACAUGACCCGCGACGGCUGCACCAUACCCGUCAUCCUGGCCCUGCAGAAUGCGACCAAUAAGAACGUGAUGCUGCUCCCUAUGGGCGCCUGCGACGACGGCGCGCACUCCCAGAACGAGAAGAUGAACCUCUCCAACUACAUCAACGGGAUCAAGCUUCUUGGAGCCUACUUUGAAGAAGUGGCUAAACUGGAUUAAAAGCCACUUAAACCGGUCAAAGUGACAGCUAAAUUGGAUUAUAGGCUCCAUAGACUAGUAAUCGCUUUCAAAUUUGAUUAAAAGAAUGCCUUUUCCUGCCAUUAUUCAAUGCGUUCCGAUUGAAUUUCCUUCCAAGUCUUUAGUCAGAUGUAUAAUCUUUAAUCGGUAUUAUGUUAGAUUGGAAUCUAACAUGAAGUGCUUCACGUAAAUGUUAUAAUUAAAGCGUAUUUUUUUCAGAGAUGGAAAUUUUAGAACUGGAAAGUGACUCCACCAGAUUAUUUCAGUGUUGCAUCGAAUGCAAAUCUUUUUCUUUUAACAUGAAUAUAUAUAUAUAUUUUUAUACUCAGUGCAAAAGAAUAACUAGAAACUAUAGAAACAUUCCUUUUUACGGCUGAAAUUUCACGGUUUUUGCUUAAUGAUGUUAAACUAACUUUAGUUUAAUACUUGCAUUCACUUGGCAACAUUUUAGUGUUGUAACAAACAUUUGCUCAUAAGUGCACAUUUUCUACUCUUUUUUACCCACUCUGAGGCUGCGCGUUGAAGGCACGCAUUUUGUGCAUGCAUUUUAAAAGGGAAAUGCAUUGUUAGGGGUUUCCGAUUAACAAGCUGAAGUCGCGUUUGUGCCAAAUGGAACCAGCAGCGCCUUCGCGAUGAAGUGAAAUAAUGGGUGAUGACCGACGCUUCAACUUAAUUAUGCAGCUGAGCGGCCAUGUAGUCGGUGCCGAUUACCCCCAAACGCGUCUUUGCACCCAUUGAAUCAUUUUCAGUUCGUUGGUAGCUAAUCGUCUUAUGCUACUUCAUGUAACUCAUUCGCACAUUUUCAUUCCCGGCGUAAUUUUUCAACCGUGGAUCGAAAUGAGUAUAUGUAGGAAUAAAUAAAUGAAACGCGGUAUCUAAGCCUUGCACGGAUUAUAUGCGUGCAUUAAUAAAUUGGUUGACAGUAAUUAAAUUCAUCAGGUCAGCAACAGGAAUGUUAAAUCGUGUCUGAAAUAGCCUGAAUUAUACGACUACAAACACAGCUGACAAAAAAAGUUUAUUAUAGAACAGUCAACCAAAGAAUAAAUGCAUACGUAUUAUUAUAUGCAGAAAUCUAAAAAUGUUAAUCUUGUGUAAGCAAUGUGUUGAAAUAAACGGAGUCUUGAGCUCCACCAAAUAGGAAGAAAGUA